CUCAGCCCCGUGCACGGACGCGCCGGAGACAUCCGCCCAGGCCUGCUUCCGGGAGGAAGUGACGCGCCCAGUCAUCUUCCGGUCUGGGAGGCUCCGCCCCACCACCGUGCUGGGCAACUUAAAGGGACCGCGACCCCCAGGAGGAUUGAAGGAGACCGGGAGGCUGCCGGCGUGGACCGUGGGAAGGCGGGGCUGGGGCUCGGCGGGAGGCCACCCCCGCAGCCGCCCCGGGAUGAGCGCGCCCAGCAGCUGCUGGAUGCGGUGGAGCAGCGGCAGCGGCAGCUCCUGGACACCAUCGCCGCCUGCGAGGAGAUGCUGCGGCAGCUGGGCCGCCGGCGCCCGGAGCCGGCUGGUGGCGGGAACGUCUCAGCCAAACCUGGAGCACCCUCCCAGACAGCUGUCUCCGCCAGAGGUGGCUUUCCAAAGGAUGCCGGCGAUGGAGCUACGGAGCCCUGACCAUCCCCGAGCCGGGCGCCCUGACUUCUCUCCCUCCCCAGGGCUGGUAGCUGGACUGUGAACAACUCCCUUUCAAUAAAGGGGCCAGUCUUCACUGGCAGUGGCUGGUACUUGGCUCUCAGCCGGGGUGGCAGCUCUGCUAGCAGCUGGGUUCACUCCCACUUCAUCCUGGCUGAAGGCAGUGCUGAGCUCUGAAAUGUAGCCAACGAAUACCCAGUCUGAUUACCCAGAUUUGGGCAGACCAGCAGUGCUCGCCAGAGUGGUUUGGCCUGCUUUGGGGGAUCCAGGUCGUGUUACAUGUCCAUUUCAUGCUUUGGGGGCUCCUAGCCCCACAAAACACUUUUAGCAGAGCCUUGAUUAAAAGGAAACCUGCAGACUCUCCUGGUGACCGACCUUUCCUUUCUGUCCCCUCUCUAAAACUCUGAUGGCUGGGGAGGGGUGAAGUGGUUGAAAAUUGUCAACCAUGGGUAGGGUUGGGAAGAAAUGCCACAGAUACUACCAGAUUUAAAUAAGCAUUUAAUUAGGAUUUCAUUAGUAUUUAAUAUUGCUUUUUCAAUUCCAAAAAGUUAAAUUUUCACUUCUUAGCAGAUAUUUUAAAGUACAAUAUUAAGUUUAUACAAAAUGAGCAAUUAAGCAAACACCAUUGUUUCACAUUCUUCAAAAAUACAAAUUCAUAUUUAUUCUUUUUUGGGUUUGGAGGUUUCUUCCUUUGGAAGUACUGAACCUGUAACAUUUUCAUAUCGCUCAGUGGAAGUCUGUUGUUCCCAUGUUUCACACUUAAAUAAAUUUGAUAGGCUUUUACAUAAUCCAAAUAAAACUAUUUGGGAUUUAACCAAGA